AACGUAAACUUUAAACCCAAACCUUAAACUUUAAAUAAUAAUAAAAUUAUUGGAUUUAAUGUUCAAAGAUAAACUUUAAAUUUUUAUAACUUUAUAAUUCUAUAGUUUAUGAUUUGAGGUUUAUAUUUAGAAAAGAUUAAAGUUAGAGUCUUGUAAGUCAGAAUUGUAUAAGUGAUUGUGAGAGAACAUAUAUCUCAAGAUCAAGUUAAAGUCUCAACUUGAAGUUUAAGAAACUAUACACAUUCAGUUGAUUUAUAUUCACUUGAUAUUGAUAAGAUGAUCUUCAAUAUAACUUCUUAAAGUACUUGAAUUCAGUUUUCUGAUUUUAGGGUAUGUUUGAGGUAUUGCUGAUUUAUAUAAACGAUACGGAUGAGCUAUCUAAACGAUACGGCUGAGUUAUCUAAACAUUUUUUUUAUUUUAGGGUAUGUUUGAGGUAUGGCUGAGUUAUUUAAACAACACAGCUUAGAUAUAUAAACGACACGGCUGAGUAGUGUAAACAUAGCAUAAAUCAAACACACAAUAUAUGGGUGAAUUAUGUUUUUUACAUAGAAUAGAAAACCAAAAAUACAGGUUUUCUGCACCAUUCCGGUAUUCAUCCAUGUAUCCAAGCUUCAAUGAACUCCUCUGUGUCGUCUCUGCUGAAUCUGUCACUUCUUUACAUCUCCAUUUUCUUUUUGUUCAAUUUUCUCUCACUCAGAUCUGAAAAAAAAAUUAGAUUAUCCAAAUAUGGGUAUGAAAUCACAAACAAACUUAAUUAAAUACAUCCCACAAUUGUCGAUCUGGGUGUUUUUUUGAAUGUAUUUGUCUUUUCUCUUCAUAAUGCACAGCCACACUGCAUAUAUAAACGAAACUGCAUAUAUAAACCAGCCGUAAAAGAAAAGUAACUCAGCCACAACAUAAAUUAAAAUUCAGCCACAAACUCGAAAAAUGCAGCAGAGAAGAUGAUUUCGGGAGACUACAGCGAAAAAUAUUUUGUAAAAACGAUCGGAGACGACGAUUUCGGGGAAGACGAUAUCGGAGAAGAUAAGACAGAGAGUUAGUUUGAGGAAGACGGAGUAAACACAAUGUUGAUGACGAUUUCAGGGAAGAGGCGGUUAGGGUUCUUUUAGUUCUUCGACGAAGUUAUGCUGUGUUGUUGUGUUUUUUUUCAAUGUUAUGUAAUUAAAGAGAUGGUUGAUUGUUUUCUAUUAUUGAUGUGGAUACUUAAUUAGUGAUAUGGAUUUAAUGUUUAAAAAUAAUUUCAAUUAAAAAAAACUAACCAAAAGCCCUUAUUGUCAUUUACUAGGAGUAUCCAAACAUUCUAGUAAUUUUUAAAAGAUAUAUAACACUUUAGUAAUAAACCAACUUUUCUUAUACAUUCUAGUAAUUUUCUACUUUACUCUCCAACAAAUAUAAUAGCACAAGAAAGAAAACAAAUACCAUGGCUUCCUCAAGGAAUCAAAAUUUUAUUUUUAUGCUAAUUUCAUUUCUGAUCAUUCUCGCAACUACGUCAUUUGCGUCUGCGCUCUUCUCAGCAAAACAUGUUGUGAUUGUCAACAAACUUGUAACGCGUGCGACAUUGAUUGUGCAUUGCAUGAACAAAGAAGAAGAUAAGGGAGUGAUUUCACUUGGACCUGGAGAUAGUUUUGAUUUCAGAUUUCGUGUUAACCUUGGCAAAACAACAGUAUACACAUGUAGCUUUGCUUGUCCUGGAAAUACAGCGACAUUCGAUAUUUUUAGAGCUGAUAGAGAUGAUAAUCCACAAAGCAAAGUUGGAGUCUGCAGUGAAUGUAUUUGGAGCAUAUACGAGCCAGCACCAUGUAGGGAUAGACGGGAUGGAGGCCAGCCUAACUGGUUUCCAUGGGCUUCUUAAAUUAUGUUGUUUUUAUGUUGAACUUUAUUCUACGACAAUUUUAAAUGAAUAAAUUAAAAUAUAUA